AUGGGUCGUCGUAAAUUAGUUUUGGAGCUUAUCCCCAACGAGAAAGCACGUAGGAUCACCUACGAGAAGAGGAAGAAGGGCAUGAUGAAGAAGGCCCAAGAGUUCACCACCCUAUGCGGCGUCGACACGUGCAUGAUCAUCUAUGGCCCCGCAGGGUCUGCUGCCACCACUGAGCCCGAGAUCUGGCCGGCGAGCCCCGAGAAAGUCAAGUGCAUUAUCGAGCGGUACAUGAGCAAGGGGGCGGAUCGUCGUGCCAAGAGGAUGGUCGGGCUGCCUGAGUUCUUUGCAGACCGAAAUAGGAAGGUCAAUGCCGAGCUCGCCAAGGUCCGGCUUGCGAGCUGGGAGGCCAAGUACCCAAUCUCGGAGGCGCUGAUUGAUGGCCUCUCCGAAGAGGACAUGAGGAGGCUAUUAGGUUCUCUGGGGCACAAGCUCGAGGCAGCCAAGGCGAGGCUAGCCGUGAUGAAGGAGGAUGCCAUGAGGAGAUCAUCGAGCCUUAUGAAUGAUCAUAACGUACCUGCAAAUGAUCAUACGUACCAUCAUCAUCAUCACAUGCCUUGCUCGUGUCAGAACCACUUCCCGCCUGGGCAAGACUUCCAUUUCGCCAUCCCGGAGGGGACGAUGCUCUCUGAGACGUCGUUGUAUGGCCCCAUCAUAGGCAACGUGUCAUCGGAAGGUACUCCGAGCUUCGGGGCGUGCUACGACGCACUGAUGGUCCAGCCGGCCCCGCCUCAUGCCGCUCUUGGUGAUGCAGGGCGAUCUAAUCCCGCCCCAGAUGAUGCGGGCUUCUUCGCAGGAAAUCAUCAGUUCCAUGAUUAUCAGUGA